AUGGCGAAAACUGUUGAGGAACUCGCCAAUCUGCCAAGCGACGGCAAGCCUUGGUACAAGCAUGGCUACCUGCUGAAGCUCAACUUCAUUACUCUUUCCAUGGUUCUUUUCUCCUCUGCCAACGGUUACGAUGGAGGAAUCAUGGGCGGUCUCCUGGCCUUGAACUCCUGGAACACUUUCAUGGAAUUCCCUACCGGCGCAUACCUCGGUUGGAUUGCUGCUAUCUACUGGCUAGGCAAUGGAGUCGCCUUCCCCGUCGCUGCGUGGGUUUCCAACCGCUGGGGCCGCAAGCCUGGCAUCUACAUUGGUUACCUUUUUCUUAUCCUCGGUGUCGGUAUGCAAACUGCGGCUCAGAACGAGAAGACGUUCACCGUGUCCCGUCUUUUUAUCGGUAUCGCCGCCUCCUGGCUCGGUAACGCCGCCCCGCUACUGAUCAACGAGAUCGCCCAUCCGAAGCAAAGAUCCAUUGCCAACGCCCUGUUCAUGGUUGGCUGGUACUUUGGCGGCACUCUCUGUGGCUGGGUGACCUUCGCCUGCCGUAACAUCCCCUCUGAGUGGUCGUGGCGUAUUCCGGUGCUUUUGCAGAUCGUUCUGCCCUUCAUGGCACUUCCCGGCUUCUUGAUGUCUCCCGAGAGUCCUCGUUGGCUCAUCAGUGUCGGUCGAGUCGAGGAGGCCACCGAAGUCCUGGCCAAACACCAUGCCGGCGGCGACAGAUCGGACCCUCUCGUCCAAUACCAGGUUGUUGAGAUUCAGGCUACCAUCACCGCCGAGAAGGAGGCCUCUGCGAGCGCUUCCUAUGCCGACAUGAUCAAGACGCCCGGAAACCGCCACAGACUCUUCAUCUCAAUCACCCUCGGUGUCUUUUCCCAGUGGGCGGGUAACGGUGUUGUUUCAUACUACCUACCUCUCGUGCUUGACUCUGUCGGAGUUGAAUCUGUUACGGAUCAGACCUUGAUCCAGGCUUGCCUGAACGUGUGGAACUUGCUGUGGGCUAUUGCCGCUGCAACCAACGUUGAUCGCCUCGGCCGUCGUUUCUUGUUCUUGACCUCUGCCAGCGUCAUGUUGGUCAGUUUCAUCAUCGUCACUGGUCUCAGCGCCAAGUUCGCCGAAAGCGCUUCUUCGAGCGUUGGCAUGGCAGUCAUCCCCUUCCUGUUCAUCUUCUUUGCCGGCUACGAUAUCGCCAUGACACCGUUCUUGACCGCCUAUCCCUGCGAAAUCUGGCAAUACAGCCUUCGUUCCCGCGGUCUCACCGUCACCUGGUGCGCCGCCGUCGUCGCCAUUUUUAUCAACACCUUCGUCAACCCGAUCGCGCUCGAGGCUAUUCACUGGAAGUACUACAUUGUCUUCAUCGUCGUGCUCUUCCUGCUUCUCAUCACCUCCUACUUUGCCUACCCCGAGACGCGCGGCCACACGCUCGAGCAGAUUGCGGUCAUCUUCGACGGCGAAAGUGCCGCUGCGCCCCCGUCUGCUGUUGUUAGUGAGAAGAUGGAGGUCAUGGCUGCGCAUGGCGAGGAGGGUGAGCACAAGGAGUACAACAAUGAUGCGGACCGCCGUGUCUAA